AUGGUCGAGACGAGGUACUGGGACAGCUAUGAUGCUGCAAGCCCGCCCUCGAGGACGAGCGCAAGCCAUGUGCGCUUCGUGGUCAUCUCAGACACUCACUCCGAGGAGAUGAACGAUGUUCCAGAUGGUGAUGUACUGCUACACAGUGGCGACCUCACUAAGCUCGGAAGCGACGCCGAAGUCCGCAAGCAGAUCGACUGGCUGGUCUCUCUUCCGCACCCACACAAGGUCAUCAUAGCAGGCAACCACGACUUCGCCCUCGACAACAGCACAGGCUUCUACGAUCGCCGUGGCGUCAAGAUUCACGCCAAGUACGGCUACCCUCGCUCAGACACGACGGCUGCGUUACGCUACGUGAGGGGAAAGAAAGAGCAUGGCAGAGGGACGCUGCACUACCUGGAGAAUGAAGGCGUGGAGAUCGAGGUGAAGGGAACGAUGUGGAAGUGUUGGGGAAGCCCCGCCACGCCCGUGUUUGGGCAUUGGGCUUGGAACUACGAGCGAGGUGAAGAAGCAAAGUGUACCGACAUUGACAUCUUCCUCACGCACGGCCCGCCACACGCACUCGGCGGCCUGGACAAGAUCCACAACGGCGUCUCCGUAGGCUGCGAAGAGCUGGCGCGUCUCGCUCACGAGGGGCAUCUCAGACCUGCCUUGUGGGCUUGCGGUCACAUCCACGAGGCAAGGGGGGUGCACGAGCAGCAAUGGCCUGCCACUGAGGGGAAUGGGGAAGGCGGAUCGACGCUGAUCGUCAACUCGGCCAUGGUUGAGUUCGAUCUCAAAGCCGCGGAUGGGGACCAUGCCGAGGACAGUGAGCUGACUGUGGCACCGAGAAGAGGGUGA